AGCAAAUCUUCUUAAUAAUGGAAGAAGGCAAGAUUCCAAAAAGUGGAAAUCAUGACAUAAGAAAAUCCACCCGUAUUGUGUGUGAAGAGAGCAAGACUGCCAGAGCUGUAACCAAUCAAAAUUAUAAAACUAACAGAAAUGACAAGUCUGUAAAAGAAGUUGGGAAAAGUUCUACAAAUGGUAACAGUUUCAAAAAGAUAAAGCAAAAUGAUGUUUGUCCUGAAAAGUCAGGAGAAAAUAAAUCACGUAAGACAAAUAGUUGCAUUCCUGGAUAUAAAGACAUGGGAUCAGGUCUUCAGGAUCAGAAUCAUAGCAAAGGAAAAAGAUUACCAAAUGUAUCAACAGCAGUAGAAAAUCAGAAAGCGUUAAAAGUUCAGCCUGCACAUGAAAGCCUUCCAACUUCUCAUAUUUUAGAAAAUGGUGCCAGUACAGAAAUCUUACCAACUGCCCAGAGAGGGACUCCUGAAUUGGAAAAUCCACUAAAAGAGGAUACUUCCAAAAUAAAUGUUAAUUGGUGUAAUGACUCAGAGAAAAGUGAUUUGGAUUUAAGAUCAGUAGAACAAACAUCUGAAGAUUACUGUAAAAUAAAAAAUUCUGACUCUGCUAAAGAAAGUAAGCCAGAAACUGAUUAUUUAGAAAAUGUUGCUGUCAUGGAUGAAUCAACACUGAUGAAAGAAGAGCAGUUGGGCUUGAAACAAGCCGAAGAACGACUGGAAAGAGAUUAUAUUAUUCGCUUGGAAAAACGCACUCCAGAGUACUCUAAUUGCCAGUACCUAUGUAAGUUAUGCUUAGUUCACAUUGAAAAUAUCCAGGGAGCUCAUAAACAUAUUAAAGAAAAACGCCAUAAAAAGAAUAUCAUGGAAAAGCAAGAAGAAAAUGAGCUCCGUGCCCUCCCUUCCCCUUCCCCUGCACAAGUUGCUGCUUUGAAUUUUAUGCUGAUGGAGGCAGCAAAAGAAAAAGGAAUAUCUGAUGAUGAUUUCAAAGUCCGCCAAGAAAUUGUAUAUGAUAUGGAAAAGAUUAUUCAGCAAUCCUUACCAGAGUGUUCGUUGAGGAUGUAUGGAUCCUGUCUAACUAGAUUUGCUUUUAAAACGAGUGAUGUUAAUAUUGAUAUAAAAUUUCCCUCAACGGUAAGUUAAAUAUUUGUCACAUUAUUUAAAAAGCUUAGUUUUAUAUAUUGUUAUUCACAACAAGUGGUAGAGCUUACAUCUUCUCUCACAAUUUGUUUCAAUAUCAGUGGUUUAACUUGUAAAGUAAGCGCUGGAAACGAUGUGGCCUGCCUUACAACUGAUCUGCUAGCUGCACUCGGCAAGCUAGAGCCAGUCCUUGUUCCUUUGGUGUUGGCUUUUCGCUACUGGGCUAGACUGUGUCAUAUUGACUGCCAGGCAGAAGGUGGAAUCCCUUCAUAUUCCUUUGCCUUAAUGAUAAUAUUUUUCCUUCAACAAAGAGAACCACGUAUCCUACCAUCAUAUUUAGGCAACUGGAUUGAAGGCUUUGAUUCUAAGAAGGCUGAUGAUUACCAACUGAAGGGAAUAAAAGAGAAGAAGUUUGUAGUGUGGGAAUACAAACUAUCAAAUAAUGGAGGGAAAAAUGUGAAUACUGUAGAAGGCAAAUCUAAAGGAGAACAGCACAGAAAUGGUAAUAAGAGUACAGCAGCUGUGGAGUCAGACGUUCAGAAUAAUCCAAAGGAGAAAAAAGGCCAUUCUCCAUUAUCAUUGGAAACAUCACACCAGAUAUCUCUGGGACAACUCUGGUUAGAAUUGUUGAAGUUUUAUACACUGGAAUUUGCUUUGGAAGAAUAUGUUAUCAGCAUACGGGUACAAGAACUUUUAACCAGAGAAAACAAAAACUGGCCCAAAAGGCGAAUAGCCAUUGAAGAUCCCUUUGCACUAAAAAGAAAUGUUGCACGGAGUCUGAACAGCCAGAUGGUGUUUGAAUACAUCCUGGAGAGGUUCAGGACAGCGUAUAAAUACUUUGCAUGUCCCCAGAGUAAAGAUGAGACUAAGCCCAAAACAGAUACCAAGAAAAAGGAAAAGGGAAAAAUAGGUAGCAAAAGAACUGGAGAACCUGUAAUUAACUGUUGCCUUCCACAGCAGACCAAUAUUACAGGAAAACAUAAACCUGGUCAUGGAUGUAAUUUACAGGAGUGUAAAUUUAAUGAAUGUAAUGAAAUGGAAUCUAUGACUAGGGGAUGUACUGAGAAACUUAAAAGCUUUUUAGUAAACUCAGAAAUUAUCAACACAGACUCUGGAGAUAGAGAAGAAACCGUAUCGUUUAUUAGUAAUGAAUGUUGUGAAUCAGAACACAAAUCACUUAAAAGAAAGGAUGAUCAAGAGCUUUCAGCUGAAGAAGAACUAAGCCACUGUUGUGUUUUUAAUGAACAUAAAUCCCUUGAUACAGAUUCUGUUAGUGGAUUAUCUGACACUGAAAGACUGGAUUCAGUAAUGGAAUAUCCAACAGAUAGCAUGUGCUCAGGCACUAGCAUAUCAGCUACCUCGCACAAUUGCAAAACAGUAGAGGAGACUCAAGACAUUAGAGAUGAAGUCACCACAGAAGACAUGCAUUAUGUGUUCGAUAAAUUUAUUUUGACUUCUGGAAAGCCUCCAACUAUAGUAUGCAGUAUCUGCAAAAGGGAUGGCCAUUCCAAAAGUGAUUGCCCAGAAGAUUUUAAGAAAAUUGAUUUAAAUCCACUACCACCAAUGACAAAUAGAUUUAGAGAAAUACUUGAUCUUGUAUGUAAAAGGUGCUUUGAUGAAUUGUCACCUCCUUUCUCAGAACAACAAAAUCGAGAGCAGAUUCUGGCAAGUUUGGAAAGAUUCAUUCGGAAAGAAUAUAAUGACAAGGCCAGGCUGUGCCUAUUUGGCUCUUCAAAGAAUGGAUUUGGAUUCCGUGAUAGUGACCUGGAUAUCUGCAUGACUCUAGAAGGCUAUGAAAAUGCAGAGAAAUUAAAUUGUAAGGAAAUUAUUGAAAGCUUGGCAAAAGUUCUUAAGAAACAUCCAGGUUUAAGAAACAUUCUGCCUAUAACAACAGCCAAAGUGCCUAUAGUAAAAUUUGAACACAGACAAAGUGGCUUAGAAGGUGAUAUCAGCUUAUAUAACACACUGGCACAGCAUAACACAAGAAUGCUUGCAACUUACGCAGCCAUUGAUCCAAGAGUGCAGUAUUUGGGAUAUACAAUGAAAGUUUUUGCAAAGCGUUGUGAUAUUGGAGAUGCAUCCAGAGGAAGUCUCUCUUCAUAUGCUUAUAUUCUCAUGGUAUUAUACUUCUUACAACAGAGAGAACCACCAGUAAUCCCAGUACUGCAAGAGAUAUUUGAUGGGCAGCAGAUCCCUCAAAGGAUGGUUGAUGGUUGGAAUGCUUUCUUUUUUGAUGAUACGGAUGAACUGAAAAAACAUUUACCUUCUCUUGGGAAAAACACAGAGUCACUGGGAGAACUCUGGUUAGGGUUACUGAGAUUUUACACUGAAGAAUUUGACUUCAAAGAAUAUGUCAUCAGCAUUCGGCAGAAGAAGCUGUUAACCACAUUUGAGAAACAGUGGACAUCCAAAUGCAUUGCUAUUGAAGAUCCCUUUGACCUGAAUCAUAAUCUUGGUGCAGGAGUUUCCAGAAAAAUGACCAAUUUCAUAAUGAAAGCAUUAAUCAACGGGAGAAAGUUAUUUGGUACCCCUUACUAUCCAAUCUCAGGAAGAGAAGCUGAUUAUUUUUUCAAUUCCAAAGUAUUAACUGAUGGAGAACUAGCUCCAAAUGACAGGUGUUGUCGUGUCUGUGGCAAAAUUGGUCACUAUAUGAAGGACUGCCCUAAAAGAAGAAGGGUAAAGAAAAAGGAGAAUGAAAGAGAUGAUGAAAAAGAAGUAAAGGAGGAAGAAAGAGAUACCAGAGAAAAGAGAUGUUUUAUGUGUGGUGACAUGGGACAUGUUAGAAGAGAUUGUCCUGAAUUCAAACAAACAAGACAAAGAAGCAAUGGUAUAGCAGCUUCUCAAUUAGUCAGAAAUUUGGUAAAUUCACAGCAAGUCACUGGAUCAGUUCAACAGCAGGUGGAAAGACCCUUGCGCACCAGACAACCAUCAGAAUGUUCUGAUUCGCAUCAGCCAUCUUACUCUCCACAGCCUCAGCAGUUUACCCAGAAUUCCUCUCCACCAGCCUCCAUUAACCAGACUCAGCCUCAAUCAAUAUCCCAGUCUAAGCAUACAUUGCCGCCCCAACAAGGGGCACAGUCACCUCACCAGGUCCAGCUGCCUUUGUUUAACUUUGCCCAAUCUCCCCCAGGUCAGUAUUCCACCUUGCCUAAUUUGGGGGUAUUUCAAAUGCCCCACCAUCACCAAAUUCCAUUUCCUAACACCUCCUGGCCUGUUAUUCACUCUGCACCGGGUAAUCCUCCUCACGCAACAAACGUUCCAUUUUCGGUGAGAGCUGGCAGCAGCAACCCACCCAAUAAUCAGAGCACCAUAAGCUUGAAUGAUCCUAGUAUCAUCUUUGCACAGCCUGCUGCCAGGCCUGUGGGAAUCCCCAGCACUUCUCAUGAGGGACCCUGGCACAACCCCGUGACUCUAAGCUCACUGGUGAACAAUGGCACAGUGGGGAAUUCAGAUCAAGGUUUCCAAGGGCAGUUUGGUAAAGGAAAUCCACCUCCACCUAUUCCUUGGGACCAUGGAGCUACUACCCAUUUUCCUCUUCUUCGAGGGACGUGGCCUUACAGUGUAUCUCCAAACUACAUGCAGCAGGGAAAUGCCAGUUACCCAUUGAACAAACCUUUCUAUCCUCAAGCUGGCUUAUUGAUGCAGAACCAGAGGUUUUCACUUCUGUCUCAAGGACAUCCACACUUGAACAUUAAUUUUAUUCAGCAGAAGAAAUGAAGUUUACUUAAGGGGAUGGGAAAAAAUCAGGUUGGAAUAAAAUGUUAUUGCAACGUUUAGAUAAAAAGAUUAUUUAAAACUUUUUAAGUGUAUAAUUUGUACAUAGAUAUAAAAUAUAGUUUUUACUAGUAUCACAAGAAUUAGUGAUACAAAUGUCAUCUAUUUUAUUACCCUAUUUUUAAGGGAACUGCGUUUUAUUUUAUCUUGAUAAACUGUAAAGAGAGUUUUUAAAAUUAAGUUGUUUAUUUUCUAUUAGCUUUAUUCAUACUUUGGUUCAGACUUUAUAUCUAUUCUAAAAAGAAAUUAGAAGGAAUUCAUGUGUUAAAGCCUUUCUUUACUGAAAAAUGUAGUGCCAAAAAACUUUUUAAAAAGGAAAGAAAUAAAAUUGGAAAAUACUAAAUCAUAGCCAUAUUUUCUUUCAUGUUAGGAAUUGAAUGCUAAAUGGCAGUACUUUAAAAAAAAGAUGUAAAGGGUUGGUUAAUCAAUUUUAGCAUUUUGGUUAUGGAAAUGUUUGGGAUUUGGAGGUCUACCUAUAAAGGUAUUUGCAGCAUAAGCAUUAAAAAAGAAGUCUCACAUAUGCCUGUAAGUGUUGCCAUUUAGCUCACUGAACUCUGUGACACAUUCAGAUUUAUCCUUCCUUUGUAACCUCUGAUACAUGCCUGAUAUGUCUGUUAGCUAUUAAUGGAAGCAAGUACAGAACAAAACAGAGCCAUUUUCAUUAAGUUCAAGUAUUUCUGGAAUGGUAAUACCACCUUGAGUCUAAGAUUGAUACAUAAAAAGUGCUUUCUGACUUUUUUUUACCAACAUGAAAAUCUUGGUGCUCUAAUUAAUUAUUCAUGAUGUCUAAAACAAACUUGAGGCAUUGAACUUGUGUUCAAAUCCUUCUAGUAACUUAGUGAAAAAUGUAACACUAAACUUGCCUAUAUUUUUAAGGCUGCAACCUUAAUCCCACUCAUUGCAAAAUAAUCCCAAGUGAUAUUCCCAUCUUAAUGUGUGUAUCUGUGCCAUAAGUAUUACUAUUCUAGGAAUAGACAUGUCAAGCACAGUUCAAAUUGGAUUGAACCAAUUUGCAAUUCAGAUUAGAAAUAAAUCUAAAUCAACUUGGAAAAAUUGAACAUGCACAAAAGUUGAAACUUUCAGACCUCUAAAUUUUAUUUCAGUGAUUCAGUUGGAUUGCUUUUGAACUGAAUCAAAUAUUUGCACUCUCCUGUUUAUUAUGUAUUAAUAGUGAAUAUGUUCAGAAUAAUUGCCUUCAUUUUACAAAUAUUUGUAAUUUAAAUCAGUUCUGAAUACGUCAGUCCAAGAAAAAAGUUUUUUUAAAAAAAGAGACAUACUUCUGUAUCAACUUUUUUUUAAUAAAGAAAUUACAAGACAAACUUUCUUCCUGCUUCACAUUUACAAUAAUUGUUGUAAAAAACAGAGGUGAUUGGAAAAUACAUUGAAAGGAUGUCCAUUUUUAGUUAAAAGAUAUCAAACAGGGCAAUGAAUACAAAUGCAGUCUUGGUUCAGUCAUUUAUCUAAAUGUGCAAGGAUUCAAAAUGGGAAAAGAUGGAGUAGACCAGGGGUGUCCAAACUUGGCAACUUUAAGACCUGUGGACAUGCUGGAUGAGGAAUUCUGGGAACUGAAGUCCAUGAGUCUUAAAAGUUAUCAAAGUUGGACCCUUUGGAGCAGAUUAUCCUCAGUGACCCUGUGACUACAUAACACAACCUUACUGUUGACUAGAAAAUCCGAAGGGAAGAGCUACGAAUUUUGAGUGUGAGAAGAAUUGUCUUGAUUAUGAUCCAUAAAUAUAGAGAAUUGGUUUUUUAAAAUCUGUAAUUAAACCAAAUCAGUUCAGAAAUGUAAGCAGACUAAGGCUGGUGCACACAGUAUAGGGAUAAAUCCACUAUGUAUACGUUGUCCUCAUUACAUUGCCCAAGAAACUGAAUGCAAAAAACAUUGAGCUGCCACAGGAGCAUCUAUCUGUGAACCCCUCAAC